ACGCCAUUCAUAACUCACCGGCUUUGAUAUAUUUCCUUCGUUUGUUUUGACAAAGCAGCAAACACAGUAAUUUGUUGUUUUUUUAUUUGCAAUGUUAAGAUUUAUUUACCAAUUUCAUAUAAAUACAGCACGUUUUGUAGUACAUUAAUAUGGCUUUGAUGACUCUAACCGAAGAGUGGAUUCGGAAAAAAUUGCGCCUAAAACAUCCACGCCUUGGAGAUGUCCGUUCACUGCGUUUGCCUGGGUCAUACAAACUGAAAAUCAGAUCUCUGGGAAAAGCACUGAGUAACUUUGAACGACUAAAAACUCUGGAUCUGUCACAUAACGCCCUUACCUCUAUUGAAGGUCUGAAACACCUGAAAAAUUUGCAGAGCCUAAAUCUGUACUACAACUGCAUACCUUCGCUGGAAGAGGUAAAAGUUCUCUUUGAGUUGCCGGUUUUAAGAGUGCUUGAUUUGAGGCUCAAUCCCGUGGCCAAUGAGCACCGAUACCAUCCUAUUUUGGUGCACGCCAUAACCAGCUUACGCAUGUUAGACGCUUGUGUAGUCACACACACUGAGCGGAGGGCUGUCAGAUUGCUAUUAUCUCAUGAUCCUUAUCCUCGGCGAAAGAGAUCUUUUGUCAACCAGAAAAGUCGUGAUAGGACAAUGGCCUUCGUGGAGCGUCGCAGUCAGAGGCUUGCCAACCUGACGGACGAAGAUGAUAUGGUGUUACCCUCACCUCCACGGCAGCCAAGUCCAAAAGAAGUUCCAAGUGUGUUGAAUGACUGCGGGUCGUCUGUUCCCCAUCGUCUUGACAGAAACCAGAUUAUACAUCCUCCAAAAGUGUCCUCCUCCAGCUUGAACUUGACAGGAGAUGAUGGUAGUUACAGGGAGCCCUUGGAGAACCUGCUGGACGUCAUGGUCAAACACUGGGUGGGACAGAAAUCUCUGCAAAUUGACAGCAACUUCCUGAUUCAUAUUGUACAGAUCUUCUCCAUGAUGGAAAACCAUAUCUGCAAGCGGGACAGUCAGGUUAAGGCCUUAAGAAACGAAGUCGACACGCUGUGUUUUUGUGCCGCCACUCAAGAGACCGAACACAAAUCUGACACGUGCAGGUUGAACUCUCAACUGGACGAGCUCAACCAACAGCUGUGGUCGGUCUUGGAGAGCAACAGCGACCUCCAAAAAGAGCUGAUCAAGGUAGAGCGUGAAUAUCUCCAGUAUCUGACCGAGCACCCGCCAGACUGUCAGAUAGAAGUGGAAGAGCUGAAGAAAGAGCUGGAAGAGCUGAGGGGAAAAAUGCACUCUUCAGGUCUGCCUGGAAGUGAGCAGGAAUGUGAUUAAGGAGAUUUCUGCAGGGAUGAAGCGUCACUUUGAACUCUGCACGCUUUGUUUGACUUUUCUUUUCGUUAUUUUUACCUCAUUUUACCUUUUCCCUCUCCACUGCAUUUGUGUUGAGCUCCUUCAAUGGCUGAGCUGUUUAUUAUUUAAAAAGAGUAGAAGGCAGCUUUUAUUUGAUGUUGACAAUAACUAGUAGGGGUCAUUUAUUAAAGGAAGUUUGUGUAUAAGUGUG